UCAGACCCCAGCUGUUGGACCAGGACAUCCAUUCAGCCCCUGCUUGCUCUUUUUAUCUUCUUCAGGCUGUGUCAUGGGGCUCAGCGACGCGGAAUGGCAGUUGGUGUUGAACGUCUGGGGGAAGGUGGAGGCUGACAUCCCGGGCCAUGGGCAGGAUGUCCUCAUCAGGCUCUUUAAGGGUCAUCCCGAGACCCUGGAGAAGUUCGACAGGUUCAAGCACCUGAAGACAGAGGACGAGAUGAAGGCCUCCGAGGACCUGAAGAAACAUGGCACCACCGUGCUUACCGCCCUGGGGGGCAUCCUCAAGAAGAAGGGGCAGCACCAGGCAGAGAUUCAGCCCCUGGCCCAGAGCCAUGCCACCAAGCACAAGAUCCCCGUCAAGUACCUGGAGUUCAUCUCGGAAGCCAUUAUCCAGGUCAUUCAAAGCAAGCACUCCGGGGACUUCGGCGCUGAUGCCCAGGGAGCCAUGAGCAAGGCGCUGGAGCUGUUCCGGAAUGACAUCGCGGCCAAGUACAAGGAGCUGGGCUUCCAGGGCUAGGCCCUCGACCCGCCCCCACCCACCUGGGACCCGGCUCCAGGACAGGGCGGGGCUGCGCCUCCUGUAGUAACAUAGUUUGUUUGGAGUGUCUGCUUUGUUUUUGAGAGGUGGGCAGGAGAGGCAGGGGCUGAGG